GCAAUCAACUUAUUCAGGUGAAAAAGGUUAUAAUGUUUGUUCAUCUUGUUCAGGAUUGUCUAGCUAUCCGAAAUUCAUUAUCACUUCAUUUACAUUCAUGGCUAGUGAAGCUGACACUUCGGUUUAUGUCCCAACUCUAGUUAGAAGAAAAAAGAAGAUUAAUGGGAAACAAAACAAGAAAGAACUUGAAAAAGAGGUUUCUAUACUAAACAAAAUGCUUGAUCACGAAGAAAUGGUACACGACAUUCUAGAACAUGCCAUGCAUCGAUCCCAUGGUUCCCGUCUUCCCAUCCCCAGCUUCCUUCCACUACAGACAAAGGAAUUAUUGACAGAGUUAGCGAUGGUUGAGGAUGAGAUAGCUAAACUUGAAGGGGAAGUAAGAAACCUUGAAAAUGGUGUAAGUCAUGAAAAGAAAAUCUGUAAGGAAUUAUCAAAAUCUAAAGAGUGGCAGCAAGGAAAUCUAAUGAAAAACAUAAAGUUUGAUCUCCAAUCGCCCCAACAGAAUCCAAAGCUCACAAACAAUCAAUGGGCAUAUGAAAGGAUGCCAUUUGAAGCCAAGGCAUUGCAUUUCAUAAGCAAAGCCAUAAAAGGCGAUAACAAACUCGAUGAGUUAAAUGCAAAGGAAAGAAUGGGAACAAUCUCAGCAACCAAAAAUGACAAGAAAGAAAACAGUGGAAAUGAUCAAGAGAUUGGGUUACUUCAUGACAAGGCCACUCCCGCGAGAAGUGGAAUGCAAAGGCUAUCUUUAUCCCCAAUGAGACAUCCGAGAAAUCAAACAUCCAAGUCUGCUGAACUCGCCAAGCAUACCUCCUUCAACCUUCCACUGAAAUCUUUACAAAAACAGAGUCCAUCACCGUUACAGGACAUUAACAGCCACAAAUCACAACCUAACAAACUAUCAGAAAGUAUCAUGAAGUGUUUGAUUUUCAUAUUUGUAAGGCUGAUGAGAACAUCAAGAGCACUGGAGCUAGAGAAAAUGAGUACAGUUUCAAGGUCUACUCACUCAUCGUUCAGCUCGAGAAGCGUUAGAGUAGAAACCAGUUCUUUGAAUACUUCGCUGCAAAAGGAAUCGAGGCAGCAAGACCCAUAUGGAAUAUUCGAUAUUGACGAUUCUAUUCCAAGAGAUAUUGGCCCCUACAAGAAUCUUGUUAGAUUCACAUCAAGUUCUUUGGACCACAAAAGCAUUUCAAGUUCUAGUUCCGUUCCACUACUACAAAAGCUAAGGGUCUUACUGAACAAUCUCCAGAAUGUGGACUUACGAUUCUUGACUCACCAACAGAAGUUGGCUUUCUGGAUCAACAUGUAUAAUGCGUGUAUCAUGCAUGGAUUUCUUCUCUAUGGAGUGCCUUCUACUCCAGAAAAACUGCUUAUUUUGAUGAACAAGGCAACAGUUACAAUAGGUGGCAACAAAAUAAGUGCACCUACAAUUGAGCAAACCAUACUAAGACAACAAUCUUCUUCCAGCUUGAAAACUAGUGAGGAGUCUAAGAAAGACGCAACUAUGUACAAUACGUAUGGACUUGAAUUUCCAGAGCCAAAUGUGACUUUUGCUCUGUGUUGUGGGACUCGAUCUUCUCCAUCGGUUCGGAUAUUCACGGCCGAAGGUAUUACAGCUGAAUUAGAAAGAUCAAAACUAGAGUACUUACAAGCUUCAAUUGCAGUGACUGACACAAAAAGGCUCGUCAUUCCAGAGCUUCUGCUCCGGAACAUGGUUGAUUUUGCAGUCGAUAUGGAAUCAUUGGUAGAAUGGGUCUGCCAACAAUUACCAGCAUCUGGUUCUCUGAGAAAAUUAAUGGUGGAUUGCAUUAGAGGCCACAACAAUGGGAAGAUACACAGUGUCGAAAAUAUGCCAUAUGAUUUUGAAUUUCAAUACCUCUUGUCUGUAUAAAUCCUUGCCUAAAACCCCUGAAAUAGAUCUAUAAAUAGAAUAAAAUGAGCAGUUUAUAAUCUGUAUUGGACUGUACCCACUAUUCUCCCCAUUAAAAUCGAAACUAAGCAUAUGUGUAACAUUUAUUGCAACAAACAAAAUGAUAGAAAAAAUUCUCAUAAUCAUUCAAAA